AUGAAUAAGGCUCGUAAAAUACAAUACGAUCAGCCGGGAGGUCCAGGUUUUCACUGGCGUAACAAAAUGAUUAGAAGAAUUGAAGAAAAAAAUCAACAGCUACGACCACAAAAGAAACCUGAAGGUUCACCGCUGAACAACGUGCCGAGCAGUCCACAACAAGCCAUGAACAUGCAUCUUGGAGGUGCGUUUCCAUUCUCGCUGGUGCCGUCGACGUCGACAGCAUCAUCACAGGCGUCGGUGAUCAUGAGCUCUUCGGACUCAGCACGCGACGAUGUCACGCCACCGGCUGGAAAGCGGAUUAAGACGGAAGAGGAUGAGGAGAAGUCUGCGAGAUUGCUGACCGGAUUGUUGCCACAAGGCUUUCCGUCAUUGCCAUUCAUGCUACCGGGUGGAUUACCUCAACAGUUCCAGAUGCCCGAUAUGGAUUCCUUGAACGCGAUGAAUACGCCAAAGCAACCGGGUGCAGUGAAACGUCAGUACUCGUCGAAUGGCAAGAACUAUUGCGAUUUGUGUAACAAAGAGGUGUGUAACAAAUACUUCUUACGUACACAUAUGUUGAAAAUGCACGGCAUAGUGAUCGAUGAGAAUAAGACGGUGAUCGCCAAUAUAGAUACAUUGGAAAAGGAACAUGUGAUAUCUGUCAUACGGAGCACAAAUCCCGACAUCUACUUCGGCAAGCACAAGCAGGAUGUUCACGGAGUGGUGCCGCUGUCAACGCCUUCGAAUAGAAAGCCGUCCACUAUGUCGUCCCCGGCGAUCGGUGGAGGUGGUGCCGUCAGCAGCGAUGAGAAGCUCGAGAAGUGUCCACUGUGCGAGCGGCGCAUGCCAGCCUCGAACCUUACCGCUCAUAUCCAAAAUGAGCACACCGGAGGCGGUGGAAUGUCGAUGACGCAGGCACCCCCGGCAUCGCCCACGAUGAGGCGACGCUGGAAGGCGCAUUCGGCCGUUGCCCACAAUGGCCUGAAUUUGACGGUCAGAAAGGAGAAGAAAGAGGAGAAUGACGUCGAGACGGAAAAGAUCGCUAACGAGCGAAAUAGUCACACGAGCGGCUCGAUGUCACCAUCAGGCGAGUCACUGCCUGAGGGCUUCGGCAAGCCGGACAGCGGGUCCUGCGACGAGAAGCACGUGAUGCAGUCGUUUGUGCUGCGCUGUACGGCGGACGCUUCGGGCGCUUUCCUGUCGGAAAUGAUCGCCCAUUUGCCGGUCCGAACGCUACUCUCACAACCGACGCGGGUCUCAUUCGAGUUGGUGCCACAUCAGGUGUCCAGCGACUCGAAUCCGUUCUGA